AAGACGCAGUUCGAGCGCAUCCGCGACGACCAGAUCCUUCAUGGGUCCGAGAUCUAUGGACCUUUCGCGGACGAGGAAGAGUGGGAGUUAGCAAAGUGGCUCAUCAAGAACAUCGGGCAUACACAAGCUGAAAACUUUCUCAAGCUCCCUAUCGUGCGUACACCCUCCGAUAUCCAGAACCGUGUGCAUCCUGCCUAUCACAACAAAGACAGCCUACUUCGGCAUGUCGACUCCCUCCCAGGCGGCGUUGACUGGCAGUGUGAGCUUGUUGAGCUUACUGGGGAUAUUAAGGAUCUUGAUGGCCAGACUAUGACGGAGAAGUUAGAACUGUGGUUCCGGAACCCUCUCGAAUGCAUCCGCGAACUGAUUGGCAAUCCUGCCUUUCGCGACGCAAUAAGAUACGCACCUGAGCAACACUUCGUGGAUAAAGACGGGAAAUCAAGGGUCGUCAGCGAGAUG